AGAUCUGGGGAAAAGGGGAUUGGAUGCCAGAUCUGAAAAAAUAAAGUCGCAGGCAAGUCUAUUGUGCCACAGAAACACAAUACACACAAAGAACAGCAACAUGGGCGAUCAAAAGAUGAGACGUGAGCUUUUUAAGGGGUUGAAUGAUCGCUUCUCUGGAAUGAAAGAAGUGAUUCGGAAAUCCCUUGAGGCCAGGAAGUUUGCCUACUGCCCCUACAGCAAGUUCCGAGUCGGAGCGGCGCUCCUGACCCACGACGGCACGGUUUUCACAGGCUGUAACGUAGAAAACGCGUGCUUCAACCUGGGAAUCUGUGCUGAGAGAACCGCCAUCUCAAAAGCUGUAUCAGAGGGCUACCGGGAUUUCAAAGCCAUUGCUAUUGCGAGCGAUAUGUGCGAGCACUUUAUUUCCCCCUGUGGCGGCUGCAGGCAAUUCAUGAGAGAGUUCGGAGCAAACUGGGACGUUUAUUUGUCGAAACCUGACGGCUCCUAUGUGGAGAUGACUGUUGAAGAACUUCUGCCUGCAUCUUUUGGUCCAGAAGACUUACAAAUGAAGAAAGCGAAUAUUAGGAACGAGUUCUGAAGCACAGACUCUGGAAAGACUACCCGAUAAGUCUUGCUUGUAGAUAGAAAAAGGUUAUAAUGUAUGUAAAUGUGUACAUUUUGUGCGAUUAUUUUCAAAUAAAAGUAAAUACAGUUAUAAACGUAA